GGGGGAGCGCUUCGCGCAGGCGCAGUCCUGCCGGCCGCCAUCGCACCACCCAGGGCUCGGACAGCUGGCAGCCGCCUGACGUCGCCGUGUCUCGGUGUGUCGGGCUCCGAGUUCCCUUCCUGAGCCGUUGGUAACGAUACUGAUACUGGCCAAAUUCUCCAGGUGUUCUGUGAUCCCUGGCAUCUCUACUGUGUCUCUGGUGCAGUUCUAGAAAAAUGCUGCCUUUGGAGAGGGCGUUUGCCUCCCCGAGGAACUCCCCGUCCCGCCCUGAACUGCCCACAGUGGGGUCAGCAGCCAGAGUCCGGCGGGAAGGGCCCAUGAACAUCCCUGAGAGGACCGCCGCUGACCUGGAGUUCUCCCGCCUGCGCUUCCGGGAAUUUGUCUACCAGGAAGCAGCUGGGCCCCACCAGACCCUGGCCCGCCUGCACGAGCUGUGCCGCCAGUGGCUGCGCCCUGAGGCCUGCUCCAAGGAGCAGAUUCUGGAGCUGCUGGUGCUGGAGCAGUUCCUAGGCAUCUUGCCCGACAGGGUCCGGCCCUGGGUGGUGGCCCAGUAUCCUGAGAGCUGCAGGAAGGCAGCUUCCCUGGUGGAGGGCCUUGCUGAUGUGCUGGAGGAGCCUGCUCGUGCGUCUUCACCCUUGAACGAGGGAGUGUAUGAGCGGCUGCUGUUGCCAGGUGGGCCAGCGAGCCCCAACGGAGACCCUGGGUCUGUGGAGGUCCUGGCAUCUCCCGAGACUCCCUGGCCUGCUGUGCAUCCUGUGCUUCUGGAACAGGGAAGUAGCAGGGAAGAAAGGGCUGAAGUGGCCAGUGCUGCAAGAGCUGAGCUGAAGAAGCCAAAGGCAUUUCCAGAGGAACCUCUGCACAUGGGAGAAUGGGGCCACCUGGACCCAUCAGAAGAGAACCUGAAGAGCUACAGGAAGCUGCUGCUGUGGGGUUAUCAGCUUUCUCAGCCAGAUGCAACCUCUGGGCUGGAGACAGAAGAACCUCCUUUACUGGAAGGAGAAUUGCCAGGAGGCAGCCUGUCAGGCCACAGGAGGCCAUGGGGAAGCCAAGGGGACGUGCAGAGGCUUGGAGGGGACCUUCCUGUUGACCCCUCAUCGGGCUCCACCCAGGAGGAGGAAGAGCAGCUGCCCUGGAAAGUUUCUGAUCCCCUGGAUGGGGAGCUGAGCCCAGUCACUGGUGCCCAGAGGCAGUCAGUCAUCCGGAAGCCUGCCCAGGACUGGGGCGCAGCAAUGCCGGAAACCCCACUACAGGGCCCUGGCACAAAGAGGCCCCACCCAGAGGAAGGGGAUGAGGAGGGCCCUGAGUGUGUUUCUGGUGUGAGCAUGAGGAAGAAACCCAGUGGAGCUGGCCGUAGUGCAGGGUUCGUGGCUAGUCAGGACCCAGGUCCAUCUGGCCCAGGCCUGCCUGUGGCUGAUGAGCCUGGAGCAUGCAGAGGGAAGCCGUAUACCUGCAGUGAGUGCAAGGAGGCCUUUGCCUGGAUCUCCCUUCUCACGGAGCAUUACAAGAGCCACAAGAGCAGAAAGUGCUACACGUGCCAGGGCUGCUGUAGAACCUACCACUUCAGCUGGAACCCGGCUGAGUACCAGAAGACCCCUGAGGAGGAGGCACAGGCCCAGGGCCCCCGCCCUGCCAUUUGUGAAGCUCACGCUGGGGGGAGGCUCCACAGGUUCCCAGAGUGUGUGGAAGAUGAUCUUUUACCUGUAGAGCCUGAGGUGUAGACAUGGUUUGCUGUCCCGUGAGCAUCCUGCCAGAUGAGUUGUCUGGCUGAGAAUCCCGAGUAGUGUAUCAGGCUCCUUGGAAGCUGUUAGAUGGUGGCUUCUCGCUGUAUCUGUGGAUAAAGUCUGCUUGUUUCAAGUGAGCUUAUGUGGCUUGAGCACCUAGAAGCAGAAGGCCCAUAGUGAACACACUCUGGGCAGAUGCUAACAUGAGUAUAGUCAUUGGGUGUGGAUGAAGAUUCUGCUUUCUUCAGCCAUUUGGCACCACCCUCAUGCUGGAUUGUUUGAUAUUGUGCAAAGUGUAGAAUUGCCUUAAAGUGUGUGAUCUGUCAGCGCUUUCUUGAAUUCAUCCUUACCUCAAUUCCUCCUGUUUGAGCUCCCCAAGAUUGUUCAAGCAGAAUUGCCAGCUGUGCUUGCUUAUACCCGAUGUCAGAUUCGCUUUUGAAGCCUGAAAAGCAGAUGCUGUUUUCUUAGUUCAGCUUAAUGUCUUUUACCUGUAUGGAGUGGCUUAUAAAGAUAGCAGAAAAGCCUUGAGCCUAAUAAUGUAGGGUUUUCAGGCUGGAUCCCAACCCAUUAGUGAGUUGUGAGAUCAGAUUAGUGGGUGACCAUCAGCCUUGUGAAACGAUGAGGUAGAAUAAACUAGGUCAGAGUGUAUCAUGUAGCAAAGGCAAAUAUUGUUUUGUGAAACUUCCAGCCAUAGAUGAAAGGAUAAGAAGUAGCUGUAAUGUGAAAUGUGUUUCUUACUGGGGUUGUCAUCGAAGUAGCUUGAAAAUGCUCAUGAAGGUUGAUGGAGGAAUCUCCGCCUGAGCAAAGGAGACCACACUUCCCAGGCUACAUAAGGUGUCUGGAUUUUGCAUUCAGUCUCAGAUCACAGCAUCAUUUUCAUUGUCUGAGUGUAAGAUUAACUGCUCACUGUAGAUAUAGUGCCUCUUUGACUGUGUUUGGGAAGGCAAUCUGUCUGUAACAACCCCAAAUCAUAGAAGGUUAACAAUAAAGAUUUUAUUUCUUCACUCA